GAGUAUUGCUUUGAACAAAAUUGCUCCGUAUUUGAAAUACACCAGACCAGAUCAGACCGUAGAAAACUGGCCCGGUCUUGAACAAGUAAACGUACUUAGACGGGUUGAUUUUCUCCCUUAUCUUGCUGCCUGCCCACGAGUUGCGCGAAAUGACAAUUUUACCCUUGCUAAAAGCCCUCUUGCAAAUCGAAGACAAACUGACAAAUUAUAUCCAACACAACGCCUAUGUGCAUCACUCCUGAAGAAUCAACCGCAUAUUCAGAUAGAUUCAAUCAAAAUGUCUGCAAAAAUUAUCGACGGAAAAGCCAUUGCUCAGACUAUUCGAUCUGAAAUCGCCGAUGAAGUCCGUCUUCUCUCUCAAAAUCACGCUAAGGUCCCUGGACUGGCAGUAGUCAUCGUGGGCAACAGGAAGGAUUCUCAAAGCUAUGUGAAUAUGAAAAGGAAAGCAUGUGCUGAGGUGGGGAUCAAGUCCUUCGACAUAGACCUUCCUGAGCAAGUUUCAGAGCCUGAAUUGAUCGCCAAGGUUCAUGAGUUAAAUGCAAAUCCUGAAGUACAUGGUAUACUUGUUCAGCUUCCAUUGCCCAAACAUAUAAAUGAAGAAAAUGUUUUAAGUGAAAUAAGCAUCGAGAAGGAUGUAGAUGGUUUCCAUCCUCUGAACAUUGGAAAACUUGCAAUGAAAGGUAGAGACCCCCUCUUCCAGCCUUGCACACCAAAGGGCUGUCUUGAGCUUCUGUCUCGAAGCGGCAUCAGUAUAAAAGGCAAGAAGGCAGUUGUUGUAGGUCGUAGUAAUAUUGUUGGAUUGCCGGUUUCACUACUCCUCUUGAAAGCAGAUGCGACCAUUAGUAUUGUGCACUCUCGUACAACUGAUCCUGAAAGCAUCAUUCGUGAAGCUGACAUUGUCAUUGCUGCAGCAGGACAAGCCAUGAUGAUUAAAGGUGACUGGAUCAAGCCUGGUGCUGCUGUCAUCGACGUGGGGACAAAUGCAGUGGAUGAUCCAAGUAAAAAGUCAGGUUACCGUCUUGUGGGGGAUGUUGAUUUCCAUGAAGUUAGUAAAGUAGCAGGAUGGAUUACUCCUGUCCCUGGAGGUGUUGGACCCAUGACUGUAGCCAUGCUAUUGAGAAAUACUCUAGAUGGUGCCAAACGUGUGAUUGGGCAAUGAGCACUCCCUCAUCAAGGCAUGUCCCAUGAUAUUCCUCCUAUUAAGUGUUAAAUAGAAAUUUGUCUGUGUGAUUAUCUGGUUUUUGGUUUUGGUCUGUUGAUUUCGCUCAUGUUCCAUAAACAGUAUUACAUUAGACUCUUGUUGAAAGUAUCAUCUCUCACACAAGUAGAGUGGUGCUGUCUAUAUUGUUAGGGAUCAGUAUCCUGUUCAGGGAAUAAAAUUGUGUAAUUUCUGAAGAAUGUGAUAUUACAUGAUGUAUUUGUCUCUCUUGAUG